AUGAACCUUGGCAGUUGGCUUGAUCGAAUUGCAGAUGUUGGCUUCACAGACCUUUUGUGCUUUCCACAGUCUGGCAGGCGAACUUGCGACUACAAUGAGCGUUGGUUCGAGGCUGUUGAGAAGGUUCCAAUGUCCAAACAGUUUGACUACAAGUUCCUCCCUGACAUUGACGGCAACUCCUUCUCUGGGCGGUAUCUCUCUUUCCUACGUUCGACAUCAGUUCCGAUCAAGGCAACCCUCUACUCCGAAUGGCACGACGACCGACUGAUACCAUGGCUACACUUCGUGCCAAUGGACAACUCGUUCGUUGAUAUGUGCGGCAUAUUGGACUACUUUCUGGGUACUGGCGACGGCCAUGUGGCGAUGCUAUACGGUACUUACGACGAAGCAGCCAAAAAGGUUGCACAUCGGGGACGGGAAUGGGCGAAGAAGGUCCUACGUAAGGAGGACAUGCACAUGUACACUUUACGGCUGUUGCUCGAAUACGCUAGGCUGUGCAACGAUGAUAGGGGGCAGCUAGGCUUCGUUGGAGACCUAGCCAAAGAAGCCCCGGAAGACGAAGCAUGA